AUGUCUUCACAGUCGCAUCGAGUUGAAAAAGAUACUUUAGGUGGAGAAAGAGAGCGUAUGCCAGAACCUUUGAUAAAAGCAUUUGGAAUAUUAAAGAGAGCUGCCGCAACUGUUAAUAUGACCUAUGGACUUGAUACAAAAAUAGGUAACUCCAUCGUUCAAGCUGCUGAUGAGGUUAUUGGAGGAAAACUUAUGGAGCAUUUUCCAUUAGUGGUUUGGCAAACAGGAUCUGGAACUCAGACAAAUAUGAAUGUUAAUGAGGUUAUUGCAAAUAGAGCCAUUGAAUUAUUAGGCGGACAACUUGGUAGUAAAAAUCCAGUUCAUCCUAAUGAUCAUGUUAAUAUGAGCCAAUCUUCCAAUGACACUUUCCCAACAGCAAUGCAUGUUUCUUCUUCAAUAGAGAUUAAUAAAUCACUUAUUCCUGAAUUGACCAAUUUACGUGAUGCCCUUGCUGAAAAAUCAAAAGAUUUUGGAAAAAUUAUUAAAAUAGGAAGAACUCAUUUACAAGAUGCUACACCACUUACUCUUGGUGAUGAAUUUUCUGGUUAUGUGCAACAAUUAACAUUUGGUAUAGAAAGAAUUAAAUGUACCUUACCAAGAUUAUAUUAUUUGGCUCAAGGUGGUACUGCAGUUGGUACAGGUUUAAAUACACGUAAAGGUUUUGAUUUUGAAGCAUUAGCUGCUCAUGAUGCCAUAGUUGAAGCGAGUGGUGCUCUUAAUACAGUUGCAGUUUCUUUAACAAAGAUUGCUAAUGACAUACGACUUCUAGGGUCUGGACCUCGUUGUGGAUUUGGAGAAAUUUCACUGCCUGAAAAUGAACCUGGGUCUUCCAUUAUGCCUGGUAAAGUCAAUCCAACACAAUGUGAAGCCAUGACAAUGGUUGCUGCACAAGUUAUGGGUAAUCAUACUACAAUCACAAUAUCUGGAUCAAAUGGUCAUUUCGAAUUGAAUGUCUACAAGCCAGUUUUAAUCAAAAACCUCCUCCACUCAAUUCGUAUUCUCUCUGAUGCAUGCCGAUCAUUUAGAAAAAAUUGUGUUGUUGGAAUUAAAGCGAAUGAAGAAAGAAUUGAUAAGGUCAUGCAUGAAAGUUUGAUGUUGGUAACUGCAUUGAAUCCAUUUAUCGGAUAUGAUAAUGCCGCUUCUGUCGCUAAGAAAGCUUAUAAAGAAAAUACAACGGCAAAAGCAGCCAUUAAAUUAGGUGUAUUAACUUCUGAACAAUUUGAUCAAUGGGUGAAACCUGAAAAUAUGAUUGGUUAG